CGGUGGGGAGGAGGAUGGCCGAGGACUCGGAUUCUGAGUUCGGCCUGCCGUGGAGACGCCGUGAGGCCAUGGGGGUGGACGCUCUGUGGAACCUCAGGAGACUCCUGCAGAGACUCGAGAAAGGCUACCACCAUGACAUCUCCCUCUACACCUCCGGACACCUGAACCCCAACAAUCUCUACCGGCCCCCCGAGAAGAUCGUGCAUCACUGGCGCAACGCCCACCGGCCCGCGGUGCGGAGACGCGCGGAGAGCCCGUCGGCGAAGAAGGCGGCCGCGAUGAAGGACGCGCUGGCCCACUUCGCCAUCCACACGGCGCUGCGCCCCAGCGAGGCCCCGGGCACGCCGCUCUUCCGGUACCUGCACCCCCAGGCAGGGGCCUCGCACUCCUCCCAGGAGGAUGUCGCCCCGCAGCCGCGUGGGGGGGCAGGGGGCUCCCCCCCGCAGCGCAGGAAGGAGGAGCUCACGUGGCCGGAGGUGAAGGUGCUGAAGCCCAAGGCGGCGCGGUCCAGCCGGCAGUGCGUGCUCUCGCCCCCGGGCCGGGACGAGUACCGCUACGUGGCCUCCUACCUGGCGGGCCUGACCAGGGCGGACAAGUACACGAAGUUCCUGCAUUUCCAGAGGCACGUGCUGGCCACGCAGGACCUCCUGGAGAGCGACUUCACGGGGGCCCAGGCGGCGCUGCGCCACGAAAAGAAGCUGGAGCAGGAGCUCCGGGAGGUGUGCGCGUGCGACCCGCAGGAGCUGCACCGGCUGCAGGUGUUCAGCCGGGCCUUCGAGGACGUCUGCAGCAGCUCCUUGCUGUUCGGCGGCAUCCUGAAAGAAGUGAAGGAUGAAUACGAGCUCUACAUGGCCCUCCUGCUGAGCACGCAGCCCUCGGAGCAGUACCAGACUCUGCUGGAGGAGGCCCAGGGGCUGGCGAGGAGCUCGGUGAAGACGGCGGACGUCACCCGGGCCCGGGAGGAGCUGAGGGAGCUCGUGGCGGCCACCAACGCGGCCCUGGAGCACAAUGACAGGCUCAGGAGCGAGCUGGCGGAGGAGCGGCGGCGGCUGAGAUGCGCGCAGGAGCAGGCAGAAUCUUCUGAGAAACACGUAAGGGAGGAGGAGGAGGAGGAGCUCACGCUCAUCGACAAGGUGGAGAGGAAGAGAUGCGAAGUCCUCCAGAAGCUGGACGAGAUCCGAGCUCUGGAGCGAGAAAUGAAAACCACUCUGGUCCACACGGGGGGUUUACAGAUCACGGAGAGCAGGGUCAAGAGCAUCGAGACUAAAACUAUAAAAUUAGAAAGAGCAAAUAUUAUUUUGAAGAAGAAAAUAAAUGUUAUCAACAACCAGGUGAAGCAGUGCCUGGGGAAGAGCAGGCUGAGUGGGGAGGAGCAGCGGAACCUUUGGGAAUUUAUUAAAGAAUAUGUAGGACUGAAAGACACAGAUAGCAACUCGGAGGUGGCCGAACAAAACGACCCGUGAGCAUCCAGAGCAUCGUAUAGAUCGAGGCUGUUCGCAUGGGUGUACAUUAAUGAAGAUGCAUCUCCUUUCGUCACUUUUAAUUUCCAAUAAAUUAACGUGUAUCUUACUCAAGAUACUGAA